CUGCAGUAUAAUGGAAUAGACCCGGUCACGUUUCUUCAUGCAAGUACUUUCCAGCCUCUUCCGAAGCCGCCGCAUCACGAUCAGCGUGCAACGGUAUCCUACCGUUACCGCGGUUUAGAGACGAUCCGGCCGACCAUAUAAGAUUCCCCGACAUUCACUAUAAUUCAACUCGUCCUCUCGUAUACUUUCCCCCUUGUAUCCCAUACCAUAAAAUGUCUAACCGCUCAUAUCCGGAGCGUGACACCCAUCGAGAGACAGCUCGGCCAACCCUCCCUUCUGUUCGUGAACUUUUCCCAGAAUUAUCUCGUACUCCGAGACCUUCCGUAAUACCACCUCCUUCCUGGGCGGGUCCCAAUGCAGGUCAUGACCCAUACUCUGCACCCCAUAUGGGCCAGUCAGAUGCCCUAUCAGGGCCAGGCUUGCAGAGAAACCCUUCAACACCCUACCACCCUAUUUCUUCUCGUAGUUCACGACACGAAACGCACCCAACACACCUCCAUCCCUCUCAUGAACAUCCACCGCAUUCAUUGUAUCAUUCUCAGCAUCCACAAAACCAAUUUUCUCGGUCGUCCUCUAACAGUGGUCAGGGGCGACCAGCCUAUGAUUAUACAAGCCACCCAGGGCCAAGCUCAUAUCUGGAUUAUUCAAGGCAGCAGUAUUCUGGGCAAUCCAUGAUGGAGCCCCCUGGAUCGACGUCUUAUGUUCCACGCUACCCCGAUAUGCGAGGUCAGCAUUACCGUAGAGAAUCACAAGAUACCACAUCUAGUUUAGAAGACUCCAAUCCUCACGCCAAUGCCGGGUCUUCAUCACUCAAAUACGAGUGUGACUACUGCGGAAAAGGUUUCAAUCGUCCAAGUAGUUUAAAGAUCCACCUGAAUAGUCACACCGGUGAAAAGCGUGAGUGCCCGUUCACAGCGUUUCUCAUCAUUCUAAUUCCCUAUCUAGCCUUUACGUGCACUUUUGAGGGCUGUGGUCGUAGUUUCAGCGUGCUCAGCAACAUGCGUCGGCAUGCUCGCGUGCAUGCCGAUGCCUCGGGGCGCUAUCACGAGGACAGCGACGAGUCAAAUGACGCACAUUCACGUUCCGGGCGUUAGUGCGACACGCGUUGUCCUCACGGAUGCAUACUUGGCGUAUGCAAUCACUCCUAUUUCGGGCCUCAUGAUCUUCGUUGCAUUUUUCACGGACAUUGCAUCGGUCGUUCAUGAUGAGCGGCACAUAUUUAUAGUAAUUCACGAGCAUUUAUCUAUUCCAUUUAUCGCAUGCACUCGCUGAUGAGCAUUAUACUCGUCACUCACAUAUUUAUUAUAUACAGUCAUUGUCGCUAGUAUACUCUGGUGCAUCCAGUCCUGUUUAAUUAAUAGUG